AUGGCGGCGACGUACUCGCCGACGCCACACAGGAUCGCGCUGUGCGCGCUCGCGCGGUACCUCGACGACGCGGACGACGACGACGACGACGACGACGACGACGCGCGCGAUGGCGACGGCGAGAAAGACGCGAGGCGACGACGACGGACGCGCCUGGGACCGUCCGACCGACGCGCGCUCGCGCGCGCGCUCAUGCGCGCGUGCGAGGACGCGUCCGACCUCCUCGAGCCGGACCUCCGGACGUUCAAGCGGUCCCUGGACGCGGAGUCGCGCGCGUCGGGCGCGCCGCCGCCGUCGUCGUCGUCGUCGCGCCCCGCGCCGCUGGGCCGUAAAAAGACGAAGCGAGCGAUGCGGGCGGCGAAGCGAGCGAACCUCGCGGACUCCGACGGCGACGUCGACAUGGACACCUCGGACGUGGACAUCUCCGACGGCGUAUCGGACGACGACGUAUCGGACGACGACGACGACGACGCGGGGACGUCCGCGCCGGGCCGCGCCUCUUCCUCCUCGUCGCGGCGGCGCAACCUCAAGGACGUCCUGACGGAAGCGGUCGACGGCGUCCGCGACGUCGACGCGCUCGUCGCGCUCUUCCGCGACGUCGCGCCGCGCUCGUCGCACGAGGCGUCCAUGCGCGGCUUAUCCGCGGACGAGGCGGCGUACGACGAGACGUGGGGGAUGAAGCGCGUCGACGCGGAGUCGGCGAUCGGCGUCUUUCUCAGGCGCGUUCUAUACAAAAGUUUUUCACCCAUCGCCCGGUUUCAACAUUUGAUCGCGUUUCGAGCCUACGCCGACGCCGACGACGCCGCGCGACCGCGAGGCGUCGGCGCCGCGAGCGAGGCCGAGGAAGACGCCGCGCGAAGGGCGAAGGACGCGGACGACGCGCUGCACGGCCGGCUGCGCGUGGACGCGAUGUGCGCGGCGGCGGCGGAGGACGUCGGCGCGGGCGCGACGCGCGCGUGGACGGGCGCCGCCGAGGACGACGCGGUGUACUACGUGUACUGCCCGCCCGUCGCGUCCGCGCGCGCGCCCCCGCGCGUGGCCGCGCACCUCGCCGCGCUGACGCGACGGUUCCACGCGAACGACGGGUGGGAGCCCCCCGAGGCGGUGGAAGCGCGGUUGAACGCGCUGACGGAGGCGACGCCGCGCGCGCCCCGCGCGGACGCCGCGAGGCAUCUCCUCGCGGCGCGGCGGCGCGAUUACCCGGCCGCGAUCGACCACGCGCGGCGGCGGUUCGAUUACCUCGACGGCGGCGGCGGCGGCGGGGGGGGCGACGGCGGCGGCGCGUCGUUGCCGGUGAACGCGGCGGCCGCCGCGGCGUUGGGUCGAGACGACGGCGGCGACGGCGACGGCGUCGACGGCGACGGCGGCGGCGGCGGCGGCGGCGGCGCGGGGGGCGGCGGCGGCGGCUCCGGCGGCAGGGCGAGGUUACAGGCGGCGUUGAUGACGUUGGGGGAGACGCACGCGCGGUUCUCGCACGGCGCGGAGGCGUUGAAAGCGCUCAACGAAGCCGUGCGCGUGGCGCAGCAGAACGGCGACGAGACCGCGCUCGCGCACGCGCUCGCGGCGUUCUGCGCGCUCUGCGCGAGCGGCGGCGACGCGCUCGCGUCGUCGGAGGGGAGCCCCGCGGGCGAAGGGCCUUCGUCCGCGUCCGCGUCCGCGUUAUGCGGCGACGCCGGCGGCGAGGACCUUCGCCUGCUUCUCCGCCGGUGCGCGCGACAGGCGCGCGAACUCCGCCUCCCGCAUCUCAUCGCCUUCGCGGACCUCGCGAUGGCGCGGCACCGCGCGACGCGUCCGCCGCGCGCCGCCGCGCCCGCGACGGUCGUCGUCGCGGCGGCGGCGGCGGCGGAGGCGCGGGGGAAACCGGGCGUCGGCGCGGGCGACGGCGCGUCCGCGGCGGCGGCGCGCGCGCGGGUAUCCGCGUCGCCGCCCGCGUUCGCGACCGCGGCGGCGCGGCGCGUGGAGGCGAUCCGGCACGCGGUGGCGCUCGGCGCGGCGGCGCCGGCGACGACGGCGGCGGCGGCGGCGGCGGCGAAGGCGGCGAAGGAGGCGGCGGCGGCGGCGUCGCAGGCGGCGCCCGCGGCCGCCGCGGACCUCUACCCCGCCCCGAGGGGCCUCGACCUCGCGCCCGUCUCGCGCGCGGACCACGCGGAGGCGUCCAUCGAGCAGCUCGGCGGGUGCGCGUCGGUGUUAUGCGCGUCGAUAUGGGACGCGCACGGCGUGCCGGCGAUGACGCGUCUGCACGCGCUGCGGCACCUCCGCUGCGACGCGUCGCGCGUCGUCGGCGUCGGCGCGAGCGGCGCGAGCGACGGCGCCGACGGCGGCGGCGCGCGACCGAACGCCGCCGCCUCCGCCACCCCCCACCGCCACCACGACCGCCCCGGGCCCCACCCGCCGUCCGCGGCGUCCGCGGAAGACACCGCGACCGCGCUCGCGAUGCUCGCCGCGCACGCGAGCGCGUGCCACGGCCCGCUCGCGGCGGCGGCGACGCUGAAGCGCGCGAGGGCGCGGUUCGAGGCUUCGGGCCGGGCGCGUUCCAAUCACCCCGCGCUCGCCGCCGCGACGGCGCGCGCCGCGCACGACGCCGCGCUCGCGCGCGGCGACGCCGCCGCCGCGCUCGCGGCCGCGUCGAAACUCGCCGCGCUCGCGCCGGCGUCGUCCGCGGUCGACGCGGAGGCGUCUGUCGAGGCGCAUCGCGCGCGCGCGGCGGCGCUGCUGUGCGCUGGUCGCUUCGAGGAAUGCCGCGCCGUCGCCGCCGCGCAGCUGGCGCGGUGCCGCGAAAUCGGCGGGCUGACGCGCGCGUCCGCGCGCCUGUCGCUCCUGCUCGCGGAGUGCUGGCUCGCCGCGGGGUCGCCCGCGGUCGCGCUGCAGCACGCGCUGCGCGCGGAGCACCUCGCGGCGACGCUGCGGCUGGACGCGAUUCGCGCCGCCGCGAUCGUCUCGCUCGCCGAGAUUUGGUUGGCCAUGAGCGUCGGACACGUCGGACACGCCGCGGACCAAUCAGGAGCCACCGCGUGUCCGUACGCCGCGCUCGCGAAGCGCGCGCUCGACGCGCACGCGCCCGCGCUGCUCUCGCGCGGCGGGCUCGCGCUGCGCGCGAGGGCGCGGCUCGCGGCCGCGCGCGCGACGCUCGCGACGACGACGCCGGAGGCGUUGAGAAGAGACCCGGCGGCGGCGGUGAGACCCGUUCGAUCUUUCCGUUCUUUCCUUCGCGCGCUGUGGAACUCUCGUUUUGACACGUGUACAUGA